AUGGCGGGCCUGGCGGCCCCGGCCGCAGUCGGCCGGGCCGGGGCCACGGCGGGCUCUCUUCGCGGCCUGCUGCAGUUCAGCAGUGGGAGCGGCACCGAGGCCGAGGACGCCAAUGUAGUGGCCGCGUUCUGGGUCUACGGCGCGAUCGGGAUCUUCUGCAUCCUGGUGUUCAUCAUGAUUCACCGCCAUUUCAAGGUGUACACUGUGCGGCUGCAUCACCCGGACGUGAUGUUCCGGCCGCCGAAAAUGGGCAGGUUCGGCGCAAUUGCCACGGGAAUCUCAGGAGCCUUCGCCUGGCUCUAUCCCGUCAUCCAUGCGACAGAUGAACAGAUUCUGGAGACGGCGGGCAUGGACGCGCUCAUGCACGUCCGCAUGCUGCUCAUGUGCAUCCAUCUGUUGCUGCCAGCAACAGUGGUCGCCAUCAUCGUCCUGCUCCCGAUACACAUCACCGGGAACGGCGUCGAGGAGGCACAGGGCGACGCCAACGUCUCGCAGUUCAUGCGGUUGACCGCCUCCAACGUCUCGGAGGGCUCGGGGCUCUACUGGAUCCACGCGGCGUGCAUGUACGGGUUCAUUGCCUACGCCUGCUGGCUCCUCCCGAAACACUUCAGGUCGUUCACCGCGCUGCGCCACGCGCACUUCAUGCACGGGGACCGGUGGGAGAAGACGCUCGGCGCGGGCGGCAAGGAGAGCAACGUCAGCAAGCGGCGCCUCAAGGACUGGCAGCUCCACCCGAUGCUGCAGCUGGUCCGGCCCGACCUCAUCGGCGCCCGCCGGAAGCCCAGGAUCCUCGAGAACGACGAGGUCGCGCAGGCCGGCCUCUCGCUCAUCGCGUUUCUGUCGCGCGCGCGCUACGCCAGGAAGCAGGCCGUGGAGGCCGUGACCGGGCCGGUCUCCGUCCCCGGGCACUCGGUGUCGAAGGACGCGAUCCGCCGGUUCGCGGCGGCCUUCACGACGAAGCGGGGCGCCAAGGGGCACAAGCGUGGCAAGUCCCUCGUGCCUUUCGAGCAGGGGCUGUUGGCUGUGCAGCAGGGUAUGACGGCGCCUUCCGACGGGCGCGGGGCGAAGUCCUUCACGCCGGAGCGCAAGAGCGGCCUGGGUCGCCGCGGGCACACGCGGCACCAAUCUUAUGUCGUGGAGCGGUCCGCGGAGUCGGAGAGCGCGAAGUCGCUGGCGGUGAACAUGAUCAUCAACCCCGGCGCGAUCGACGUUGGCGAGCUGGCGCGGCCCGUCGGCAUGGGCCUCGACGGAUACUCGAUGCACGGCUCCGAUAUGGCGAGCGUCGCCGGGGACAAGCCCUUGGACGCUUCCAGGGUUGGCGCCUCGGCCGGCGUGGGGCACACUCCUCAGCUGGACGAGGAGAAGGUCGUGGCGUCGUUCGCGGAGAAUGGAACGCCGCGCGAGGAGAGGGUGGGCACGGAGGCGGGGGCGAGCUCCGCGCAGGAGGCGCGCACGGAGCCGGCAGUCAGCAAGCAGUCGAACGAGGACGCGGGUGUGGGCGCGAUGCGCGAGCUCGGGCUGGCGGCAAGCAGCCCGGCGCCUCGUCGCGAGGGAGCGCCGCACCUGACGAUCCCGGCGGACCAAGGCAUGACGGACACCCCGCCCGAUGCUUCCGAGGCCGGCGGGCUGCUGUCACCGAGCGACGUGCAGCGCUGGCAGCGCGGCGCUGUGCAGCUCGACGUGCCGGGGUUCCGCGCGUCCAACUUCGAAGAGAAGAAGCUCGGUUUCUGGGGCUUCAAGAAGCAGCCGAACCAGGUCCAGCAAGACCAAGCCGAGCUCGAGGGCCGCCCCGCCCGCCCACUGUGGCGCAUCCCCUCGGUGCGCCAAAUGUCGGUCUUCGCACUCCCCGGCAGCGACGCCAACGGCAACGACAUCCUGGUGCGCGCCAUGCACUACGCUGUCCUCGUCACGGACGUCCCGGACAUCCCCUCGAAGGACGUGUUGCGCACCGCCGCGUGGGGCAAGAAGGUCGGGAAGAACUUCGCGUCGCGGGCGCACAGGAUCGAGCGGCGCGCGUCCGGGGGCGUGCCUACGACGAAGCCGGACGCGGGGGACGUCGAGGAGGGCCGCUCGGGCGCGGCCAACGGCGUGGACGCGCAGGACGUGAAGCCACGGCUGACGGGGGACGGGGAGUCCCCGCGGGUGACGCCCCGCGCGGUGUCCGAGUCGGGCUGGUCGAUGGACGGCAGCGUGUCGGAGCUGGGGCCAAGCGACCCUGCGGAGCUGGCGUUCAGGCGUGCGCUCCAGCUUGGGUACGACAAGACCGUGAUUGCCGACUCGGGCGACAUGGUCCACCGAGUGUUUUCUGAGCUCUUCCCGCAGGAGUACGUGUGCACCGUCCCGGUCCGGUGCCACCAGCAGGUUGACGAGAUGCUCAUGGAGUGGGACCGCACGUGUGGGCAGCUGGACCGGGUGAUCGCCCGCAAGCGCCUCAUGGGGCGCCACGACGCGGUCAUCACCGGCCGCGGCGGCUGCGCGACCUGCGGCUGCCAGCCCGGCCGGUGCCUGCCCAAGGAGGACCCGGACGAGGCGUGCUGCUCGUGCGCGGCCGGCGAGGUCCACGACGACGCCGAGCAGUUCUACCGGCAGCGCCUGCGCGCGAUCGAGGGCGAGAUCCGCAAGGCCAAGCACGAGGCGCUCACCUCGAAGCCGACGCAGGCGCGCUUCGUCAUCUUCCGGAACCAGCAGGCGGCGACGAUGGCGUCGCAGGCCGUGAUGCACCACGAGGACGGCCGGCUGAUGACGAUGCAGCCCGCGCCGUCGCCCGAGGACGUGAACUGGCAGUCGCUCUGGGCCACGCCGCGCCAGCGCUACUGGCGCUGGCUGCUCACGCGCCCGCUGCUGUUCUUGCUCGCGGCCGCGCCCGUCGGCCUCGUCGCCGGUGCCGCCGCGGAGCUCGACACCGCAGUCUGCUCGGACCCGGGCAACUGGGCGUACGUCCCCGGGUACUGCAGCUCGCAGGACUCGAUGCUGCGCAACGUGUUCACCGCGGUCGUGCCCGCGCUGCUCGUCGUGCUGUACCAGUCCUGGAUCCUCCCCAACACCGUGUACUACCUCACGAUGAUCCAGUGCACCUCCGUCAGCCUCUCGGGCGUCGACCGCCGCAUCCUCAGCUUCAACUUCUACUGGGGGAUCUUCAACGUCUUCGUGGGGGGACUCCUCGGCUCGACCAUCCUCCAGCAGGUCGAGCGCCUCGUCGAGGACCCGGGGCGCAUCGUCACGCUCGCCGGCACUGCGCUCCCCGCCAGCAGCAACUUCUUCCUGUCCUUCAUCGCCAUGCGCAGCCUCCUGCUCGUGCCGCUGAGCCUCCCGCUCCCCGUCAUGGGACUCAUCGGGUACUUCUUCUGCGGGUGCGGCCGGCCGGUGUUCUGGGGCUGGUGCGGUCCGCUGACCGCGCGCGACCGGCAGCGGAAGGAGAAGCCGCGCACGUGUCGCUACGGGUGGCAGCUGGGCAUCCACUUGCUGGUGCUGCUCGUGGCGUGCGUGUACGCCAUCCCCUCGCCGAUCGUGCUGCCCUUCUGCCUCCUCUACUUCGUCCUCAAGUGGAUGAUCACCCGGUACCACGUCCUGUACUACUACCUCCGCGCGUACGAGAGCGGCGGCGCGUACUGGCCCUACCUCAUGUCGCGCGUCAUGAUCAUCAUGGGCGUCGCCAUCGGGUUCCUCUCCGCCGUCCUCGUCACCAGCCGCGCCUACAUCCCCGCCGCGCUCCUCUGGCCCCUCGUCGCCGUCCUCUACAACCGCCACCGCCAAAUCGCUCGCAGGGUCGGGCACAGCGCGCAGCACAUGCCGCUGGCGACGGCGUCUGCGGCGCCCCCCGCGCUCAUCGACCCGCAGCUGUACCUGCCGCCGCCGCUGCGAGCCGGGGCGCGCGGGUGGCACCCUGAGUCCGGCAAGGCGUGGCUCGGGUACAACCGGCCGAAGUUCACGUACUAG